UCCGUGUUGACAAUUUACACGUAAAUGGCGCGUAAAUGAUGAUAAGGAAACUACCGUUGCGUGGUGAGAUUUAGCCAACAAACUCGUUCGUCAACCACACAGCACAGUGCUGACAAACAGCCGUCAGUAAUGGCGUGUAAGAGAGGAGCGCUCAUUGUGCUGGAGGGAAUGGAUAAGGCCGGCAAGACUACGCAGUGCAACAGACUGGUUCAGGCGCUGCAACAGAGCGGCCGACCCGCAGAGAUGAUGAGGUUCCCCGACAGGACCACGACAAUUGGACAGCUGAUAAGCGCCUACCUGGAGAAGAAAAGUGACUUAGAGGACCACACGGUGCACCUGCUGUUCUCCGCAAACCGCUGGGAACUGGUGCCUCUAAUGAAGAAGAAGCUGGCGCAAGGCAUCACCCUGGUCGUGGAUCGGUACGCCUUCUCUGGAGUUGCUUUCACAAGUGCAAAGCCGGGCUUCUGUCUGGACUGGUGCAUGAAACCCGAUGUGGGGCUGCCAAAGCCGGACCUGGUUAUGUUCCUGCAGCUCAGUCCGGCCGAGGCUGCUCUCAGGGGUCAGUUCGGAGAGGAGAGGUACGAGACCAGUGUUUUCCAAAGAGCAGUUCAACAGAAGUUCGAACAGCUGAAGAAGGAUACCUCCGUCAACUGGCAGGUGAUCGACGCUUCUCAGAGUGUUGAGGAUGUGCACGAGAACAUAAUCACCCACAGCCUUAACACUGUGAACGCAGCUCAGAACCGGCCACUCGGAGAGCUGUGGAAGUGAACCUGAAACUGCUCGUCUUUAAACCAAACUAUAUUCAACCCCCUUUAUUUAAAAGCAGAGGAGAACUGCCAAUAUAAUUAUAUUCCGUCUUGAAAUUGAAGAGAGACGUAACACUGUCAUAUACCAGACUCUGACUUUAUUCGUUGUUAAUCCUCUUACAUGUGUAUUGUUCAUUCACCCGUCUAUGUUGUGUUGAUUAAAUAAAUAAUCUUCAAAUGAACUAG